GUUAACGUAGUCGACUUUUAUUUAGCAAGGUAUUAUUGAUGAACAUGAUGAAGGUGUUAAUCAACCUCAUGAAUCUAUAAAAACAAAUGUUAACUACUUAUUUUAUAGUGAAGAUAAAAGUGUGUGAUCAGCAGCAGUCUAUUGGAGUUAGAUGAUGAAUUCUGAAGCAGACAUAAAGGACUGGCAAGACGGAAAGACUCUAUCGGAAUGUAUGAUAUAUAUGUUGGAGAAAGAAAUAAUGUGUGAUGUCACACUGAUGAUAGGUGAUGAAGAAACACCAAUAAAUGCACACAAGUAUAUGAUGUCUAGUCGAAGUCCUGUAUUUUAUACGAUGUUUGAAGGUUCGAUGCCUGAAACAGGAGACAUACUUAUACCGGAUAUUGACUUAAAGACAUUUCGUGAAAUUUUAAAGUACAUAUACACUGACGAGGUAAACGUUUCCAAUGACAACGUAAAAGAAAUGCUCUAUGCUUCGGAUAAAUACAUGCUUUCAAAAGUGAAAAAGGUAUGUGAAACUCUUCUCAAGAAAUCUGCAGUAUCCGAACAUGCUACUAAAUCUCUACAGACAGCCUGUGAAUUUCAUCUUGACGAUCUUAAAGAACAAAGUAUGGAAUACAUAGAACAAAACACAAAGAAAUGCCUUUUAUCAGAACAUGCUAUAUCACUGUCCAGAAUCUGCGUAGAGGAGAUUCUAAAGUCAGAGAAACUCAAUUGCUCGGAAAAUGACGUCUGUGCUUUUCUGUUAAAAUGGGGAAUUGGUCAGUGCGAGAUUGCUAAGUUAGAACUUACAGCGGAAAGUAUACGAGAAACUGUUGGCGAUUUGAUAUUUUUGAUACGAUUUCCAGUCGUCGAUAUGGAAUUUUUUUCAAAAGAAAUUGCUGAAUCAGGGUUACUUACAGAGGCAGAGGUCAUUGACGUAUACCAGUCUCAUUUUGGUGUAAAGAAAAAAACUUUCAUCAGCGGUCCUCGAGAACCUGUAUCAAAGAAAAAAAUAUACACCGUUGGAAGACAUUCGUCGAUUUCACACCCUUGGGGACGCGAUGGUGUGCAUGCACUAACCUUCAAACCAGAUGUAGAUAUUUGGCUAAGAGGGGUCCAUAUAUUUAAUCCUGUCCCAAGUAAUUCUGGACACAAUGAGUCCAUUACUGUAUUUAUUUAUGUAUUAGAUACUUAUGAUGACGAAGUGUUGUUGUAUACUGCAGAGACUUGUUAUGGUGAAGGCUAUGGUUCAACAAGUAAGAUAACUUUUCCUAAACCUGCUCGUAUUCUAGCUGAAAGAGACUACACAAUAAAAAUGCACGGAAUCAUGGCUCUUUCAUAUUAUGGGUCAAAUUGUAGAACUAAAGCUGUAGUACCAUCAUGUGGGGUCACAAUAUCAUUCGGGAAUUCUCCGCAUUGUACCAGUGGUACGAAUGUACAUCAAGGACAAUUUGCUUGUUUAGUGUUUAGUUUAUAAAUUUGACAGAGAUACCUAUUACUUUUAAGAGGCAACGAUAAGCAGACACAAUAUAGACGGUCACUAUACUAAAACAUUCAACUACCAUGCAAGUGCAAGAGAAGGUAACUGAGACAGCUGCGUAUUUUUUUCAAAUCUUUCAUGAAAGAAACACUUAAGACAUAUGAUAUGUAUCACUAUUCUUUUAUUAAUCAUGAUUCUUACAGACUUGUUAAUACUACAGAUAUAUUUUAUUGUAUUGACUACAAAUAAUUCUUAUCAUUUUAAGUUGUAAUUGAAAAUAUUACAUGUUGUUUUCAAACACAUUUUUAUAUGACUUAAAAUGAUAACCUUUUGAUAAAUCAAUUGGAAAAUUUCUGUCAU